AUUGAUCAUGGUGUUUGUUUCAAGCAAGAGAAUCAGCUUUUCUUUAUUAAUUUCAAAAACCCGGCGUAACAACCGGAUACUCCAUGUGCUUUAAUUUUCUCCUAUAUAUCAUGGUCUUGUUGAGUGUUGAAACUUAAAAUGCUUCAAAUAUUCAUCACUAUAACAUGUGGAACUGCUGCUUGAGAAACAAGCAAGUAUCAUCACAAGAUAAGAAUGAAGAAGGUGGUAAGAAAGUUGAGGAGACAAAGACAAUUUCUCGUGGCAUGAAGAAGAAGGUAAGGUUCAAAAAAGAAGAUGGUGAAGGAAGUCAUCAUGGUGAUUCUACAAGUGGGCCUGUGAGGAUUAGGCUUGUGGUGACUAAGGAAGAAUUGAAGAGGGUGUUGAGAGAUAGGAAUGAGAAUGAUCCUCAGCACACUUCGUUGGAGGAGUUACUAAGCGAUAUGGUGUUGAGAGACAAAAGGGUGUUUGAGGUUGAAAAAAAUGCUGGGGGCAUAAAUUCUUGGAGGCCAGCUUUAGAAAGCAUUCCGGAGGAUCGCUCAAUGAAAUAGUUUCAUUUUUACGAUGUUUCCUAUCUGUAAAUAAUCACAAUACUUUCCUUUUCUAUUUGAUGAAGGAGUUUGUAUUGGUACUCCAUAUGAAUUAAGUAGUUUCAAUUAUUUGAGUAGCUAGCUAGUACUAAUAGAAAUGUGAAACGAAGUUUGAGCUUGUGAUUUUGGGUGGAUGUUGUAGUAUGGAAUGGUUCUGUGUUGGUCGUGAAAGAUCCAUUUUGUUUGGGUGAGGCACUGAGAACCAUUUGUUAUAUUGCGAUUUUGUAAUUUUUACUCAUGAUAAAUCAUUUCUUUUUUACGUAUUA